AUGGGUAAACACAAAAAUUCCCAAUAUGGCGUGGUCCUAGACGCUGGCUCCUCGGGAACGCGCGUCUACGUCUAUAAAUGGAGGAACCCCUCAGCACCUCCGAAACACAAAUACGACGACGACGACGAUGAAGCCCGCUCGCUGCCCAAGAUCGAAUUAAAGAAGAACCACAAGAUCCAUCCCGGUAUCUCGACGUUUGCCGACGCCGUCGACUCGGUUGGCCAUGAACACUUGCAGGAACUUGUCGACGUGGCCAUUAAAAAAGUGCCCUCCCAUAAAAUACCCGAGACGCCCAUCUUCCUCAUGGCUACAGCCGGUGUGCGAUUUCUACCAGAACCUAAACAAAAAGCCCUUCUUGGAGCCGUCUGCUCGUACUUCAAGAACAAUACGAAAUUCCAGCUGCCCGAUUGCGACGCACACGUCCAAGUGAUACCCGGCGAGACCGAGGGCCUCUACGGCUGGAUUGCCGCCAAUUAUCUUCUUGGUGGCUUCGAGCGACCCAACGAGCACCUGCACACCAAGGGACAUCAUACAUAUGGCUUCCUCGACAUGGGAGGCGCCUCCGCGCAAAUCGCCUUUGCGCCCAACGCGACCGAGGCAAAGAAACAUUCCAAUGACCUCAAAUUGGUUCGCAUGCGCAAGCUCGAUGGCUCCUCCAUCGAAUACAAAGUGUUUACGUCCACUUGGCUUGGCUACGGUGCCAACAAAGCCCGAGAUCGCUUCAUUGAAAAGCUGGCCGACCAAUACGACACCACAGUCCACGAGAUUCCCGACCCGUGCCUACCCACGGGCCUGCGAACGACACUCAAGGGUGCGAUUGUUGACUCUGCAGCGAGCAGUGAUCAGCAGGUGCUGCUAGGUACCGGCAAAUUUGACGAAUGUGUGCGCAAAACGUAUCCUUUGCUGGGAAAGGAAAAGCCCUGCGAAGACUCACCUUGCCUGCUCAAUGGACAGCACGCCCCUGCUAUUGAUUUCGACAUCAACCACUUCGUGGGUGUCUCAGAGUACUGGCACACGACCCAUGGUGUUUUCGGAAAGGAGGACACGGCAUACGACCUGGCCACUUACCAGAAAAAGGUGCUUGAAUACUGCGGAAGAGACUGGUCGUCGAUCAAAGACGAUCUAUUCUCCCGCAAAAAGACCGCCGAGGAGAAGAUGGCCGACGCCCAGCAGGCCUGUUUCAAAGCGUCUUGGUUAAUCAACAUGCUCCACGAUGGUAUUGGAAUUCCCAGAAUCGGCAUCGAGGGCUCUGGUAACGGCACGCGCCCCGGCGCCGACGAAAAGGGCUUCCGCGAUCCGUUCCAGCCGGUUGACACCAUUCACGAUAUGGAAGUGAGCUGGACACUUGGAAAGAUGGUGCUGUACGCCACUGGACAAAUACCCGCCAAAGACUCGAAGCUCCCUGUGGGCUUUGGCAGCAACCUGGACUCUGGUGUUCCCUCUGACUUUGAGCAUGCUGGAUCGGUGCCUAUUCCUCUUGGACCCAAGCUGGGAGGUAGCCAUGACGAUGACGAUGAUGACGAUGACGUGCACCGUUCUUCGGGCUCGUUCUUACCGUUUUUGACGUUUCUAUUACUUGUCAUGUUUCUGGCGUACUGGCUUCGAAAACCCGAGAGGCGGCACAACCUCUUUUCCUUUGGCCGUCGCUCGCGCAAAAACGGAAAGGGUUCGCGAGGCUUCAUCAACAAGCUACUGCGACGUCCCACGGUCGCAUAUGAGCGAGUUCUGGAAGAAGGCGAGACACCCGAAUUCGAGCUCGGCGAUGUGGACUCGGACGAAAAUGACCACUCUGACAGUACAGAGGGCUCCAAGGGCGGGCGAAGCUCCGGGCUCGCGACGCCCAAGCUGAACCUGGACCGAUUUGACGACUUUCGCAUGCCGUCUGCCAUGGACCGUACGGGAAUGGUGGUGCGCACAGAGAGCCGCGAGCGUCUUGCGCCGCUGCAAAUGCUGAAUGCCGGACGGCGCAGUCGCAACGUUAGCCCCACGCGAAUGAAGAGCCCUCUGGCCGUUUGA